AUGACCACUGCAAUCAAAUCCAAGUGGGCGGUGGCCGCUGCUAGUGACACAGGCUUGCCCACGGUACAACCACAUCAAGUCGAGGAGCCUGGUGACGAGCAAACUGGAACGGAGGGACAACAGGUCGCAAACGAACCUUCACAUAUAACUGUGUCGCACUACAAGCCAGCACCCUCACAGUAUUUGAUCAUCAACAUCAAGAUGUCCACACUAGAACGCGACCCAACCUGGACCACCACGGAAUUAGAAACGUUUUAUGAUGCCUUGCUCGACAUCCAAAAAGCCCGGAAGGAUCUCCAUGAUGGUAAAGAGGCUCUCUGCGAGCAUUACAGGAAGGAUCGCGAUAGACUGUUCAGUGAAUCCAUGGCAUUCCUGGCCCGUAUAGUAGAACAUUCGCGAAAGCUUCUUGAGGAGAUCGAGAGAAUGAGAACCAUCAUUCUGGGAGACGAUCCACCUACCCAAGGGGAUGUUCCAGUUGGUCACGAGGACGGUCAAGGCACUACUUAG